AUGCAAUACGCCGACCCCGACACGCCAGAACACUGGCCAACCGUCAAGCCCAUCGUCAAUGGCGUGAUAGGCGCUUAUGCCACCAGCUUAUUCCUCGAUUGGCUGCGAUGCGGUAAAGAUGGCGAGCGCAGAGAUAUCCAGCACGCGGAGUUACUGCGUGCGAUUACGAAAGCGGGGGCAGCUCGACCUCGACCAGUUCGACUCGCGUUUUCUGCUAUUGUUGGUGCGGAAAUAUCGCCGAUCCCGGUGGGAUCUGAUCGGGAGACUGUUCGGCUUGAGGAGGUGAUUAAGGGGUUGCGCUCGCGGUAUGAAGGCGAUAUUGAGCUGCUCAAUAAGGAGCGGGUGGAGAUUGGGGUGAGGCUUCGGGCGGCGGAAGAGGCUUAUAAGAUGGAGCGCGAGGAAGAGGAAGUCGCUGCUGCUGAUGCAUUGGCGCGUCUGAAGACUGCAUGUGAGGCGGAACUGAAGCGUCAGAGCGAAAGCGUGGAAGUGAGGCUUGUGGAGGUGGAAGAGUCUUAUCAGAUGAAGCGUGAGCAAGAAGAAGCUGCUGCCGCAGCUGAACUCGCGCGGUUGAAGACUGCACAUGAGGCGGAACUCAAGCAUCAAAGCGAAGCCCUCAAGGCACAGGCACACAAAGAAUCUGCAACCAGCGUCGCAUCCGUCCGCGAGCAAGUGUUGAAAGAAUGCGAAGUUCGCUUCAACGCAAAGCUAGCCGCCACAACGAAGGCACUUGAAGAACAACACGAGAUUUCCCUCGACAACGCACAGCAAGAUGCUGAAAGUGCUCGGGCUGCGAAUACCGCCCACCAAGAGACCAUCACACAAACGGAAAACGCUUUGAAACGCGCCGAGUCGACAUGCCUUUCACUCCAACAACAACUCGCCACCGCAAACACUGAACUCUCAUCAUCAUCCGCAGCACUGAAUCUCAAACUCGCCGCCGCAACCGCAGAAUCCAAAAAAUCCGCCGCAGCGCUGCAGACAGCACAGGUCGCGCUCCAAACCAGUGCCGAGCGCGAGACCCAGCUCACUGCCUGCCUGGACAGCAGCGAAAUCCGGACGCAAGAUGCAGUGCAGGAGGCGCGCAUGGCUAAGGAGUUGAUGAACAAGGUGAGCGCUGCUCUGAAGCACAAGGGCGAUAAGCUCGAUGCAGCCACGAAGAUGCAGGCAGCGCAGGAGAAGGAGAUUGCAGAGUUGAAAGCACUGCUUCGCGAUAUAACCAUAUCGACGCCUGAGGCAGCGAUUCCCGCUUCUACACCCUUGACAAAUGCCGGCAGUACGGUUGUCCCAGAGAAGCAAAAGGAUGCAGAAGAUGCGGGUAUAGCAUCUUCAGUGUCUGUCGGUGUACAAGGAGCGCCGAGUGUCUUGGAGACGACUGCUCCGUUACCCGCGAAGACCGCGGACUCUGCUCCCAUCACGACUUCGCCGCUUCCAUCCGGAGAGACAGGUGCAUUGGAUGCGCAGAAUACGCCCGUGCAGAAGAAGAAGAAGGUUGAUUGGGGGGAUAGUGAUGAUGAGGGUUGGAGUCCUAUUGCGGCUUUUGAAGAGUUCAAGGAUAGGAUUGAAGGUGCCAAGGGUGUUACUACUCCAUUUGUACCGCCUCGCGACGUGGAAUCAAAUGGCCUGUUGGAAGGCGAUGGUACGGUGGUUCGAGAUACACCGCGUCGACCCUCCGCAGCAGAGAAGAAGAAGUUUGAGUUGCUAAUGGGUCCAUAUCAUUUCACUCCUGAGACAGGGUUUGUCAGCCCUGAGACACUGGAGUUUGCGAGGAAGGUUGGGGUGGAUGUGGAUGGUUUGGGGAGCGGUGGUGUUGCGUCUAUGACUGCAUUGGUGCCGCGGCGGUCAAAGAAGGCCAAAGAGAAGUAUGAGGAGAUUAUGGCUGGGUUUGGAUGGGAUGCUGGCGAAGCGUCGUCAAAGACUGAAGAUACUCAGCACCCUGAGCUGGAGUCUGCGAAUUCACCCCCGAAGACGAAGAAACUUGACGACACUUCAAACGCACCUGCUGUUCUUCCUCUGUCCGAAUUUUCCACUAAACCAGCUGCAUCAACAGCUGAACCCAAAAGCACUCCAAAAACGGCCGCUCCGAAAUCUACUACAUCAACACCCGCCCCCAAAUCUACUGCAUCCUCACCCGCCCCCAAACCAACUCCAUCCUCACCCGCCCCCAAACCCACCCAACCACCCUCCAACCCCAACGAAUGGAACCCUCCCCCCAAACCCACAUCCAUACAACACCACAAAAUCUGCCACAACUGCAGCACACCCUUCUACCACCCGAGCGCCACCCACGACCCCCAAAACCACCUCCGCCACCGCGGCAUCUUCCGCAAACACAUUGCCCACUGCAAAAACCAAUUCCGGACAUGCGAAAACCAAGGCUGCGGCAAAGUCAUGUCCAACGAUUGGUUCUACGGUACCCACCAGAAGGAAUGCCGCAAGGCGACGCUGGCCAAGGGCCUCAAGCUACACGAUCCCAAGGCUCUGCGGGAGAAGCAGGCGGCGCGGGAGGCGGAGAAUCGGAAACGCGAGGAGGCGAGGCGGGGGGAGAAGCGGGUGGUGGGGGAGUCGGCGGGUGAGGUAUUGGGUUUGGCUACGGGUGCGGCGACGGGGCUACCGGGGGGAUUUGGGGCGGCGCAUCCAGGGGCGCGGGUUUUUGAGUUUACGGGUGUGGGGGAGAAGAAUUUGCGGUCUUCAAAGUAUGCGGUGGAGUUUGGUAAGGGGUUGACGACUUCGGGUUCGACGACUCCAGCUCCAUCAACUCCUGCUCCAACGACUCCUGCUCCAUCAACCCCAACACCACCCACGCCAACCCCAUCCACCAGCACACCAACCCCAUCCACCAGCACACCAACCCCAUCCACCAGCACACCAACCCCAUCCACCAGCACACCAACCCCAUCCACCAGCACACCAACCCCAUCCACCAGCACACCAACCCCAACCCCAACCACCCGCCCCAAACCCCGCACCAUCUCCCCCUCCUCCUUGCGCCAGGAGCCCGGCAUCCACAGCAUCGACGCCAAUGUCAACCCCGACGCAACAGUGACGUGUAUCUGCGAGCACUGUAAACAGACCAUUAAUCUGCCAUUCAGCAAGACGGACCGCGGCUGGUUGGUCUGGGAUUGGACUGCGCAUAAGAAGGUGUGUGGUGGGGGAGUGCAGAAGACGACGCCGAAGGGCGAGAGACCGACUGGGGUGGAUAAGAAGGAGCAUAUAGCUCGCUUUUCUACACUCUCAACUGAGUUGCUUCUCAUCAACCGUCAAUCCGUACCCAGAUUCACCGCUUACAAAUUUGAAAUGCACAGGUCACCUCGUACCCCAGCACCAUAA